GCAAAAGAUAUUAAUUCAACAUUGGAUUUUGGUUAGAUUGGUUAUUUUUGGUUGAGGUUGAAAAAUCAAUGUUGAUUCGAUGUGUUUUUACAAAUACCAUUUCAACGUUUGAAAAAAUGUUGUUGAAUCAAUGUAAUAUAGAUGCCGGUUUUUCAACGUUGAAAUUCCCUACAUUGAAUUGACAUUGUUUCAACGUGUGGCGCUAUCCCCUCUCGGGCGAGAUCCUGACCCAGCGUCGGAGGCGGGGUCUGGUUCUUUCCUAUGAGAGCUGCUGUGCAUGAAGACAAAAUGGCCCAAGUUUUGAGAGAGCGAAACGUCACAGAUUACCCGUCAUGCCUGUUGCACAUUGCACUUAAUCUUGAAAGCACGUUGGUCACGUGAAAGAGCGUAAGAGGGUGUGGAGGAAGGCAGGCAGUUCAGUUGCCGCCAAGCCGCCUGAAGAGAAGAGACAGAUAUCACAAAUCGGAUUAUACUACAAGACGAGUCAAGGGGAUCACUGCAAUACACAAGGCCAAGUAAAAAUGGAAAGGGAGGUGGUGCUUUGGGCCGUUGUACUUUUUCCAAAUGGCGGAGCUGCAACAGUUCUUGCCAGCUGGUUCAGUCUAAAGGAAGGUAAAUUGUUAUGGCCCCCAAAAAACAUGUAUUUGAAGGCCCUUAAAGAACACAUGACGGCCCAUAAAGGAUGGACCACAUAUGCGAAUGUCCGGCUCUUGAUUACUUGUGACUCAUUGGAAAAGGCCAAACGAUACGAAGAAAAGUAUGUGACUACUGGAUGUCCAACCACUGAUCUGAGCUCUGAGGACGAAGCAGGUGAACGUGGGAAAAGAAGAGUAAGACCAAAUCCUGUGUACAUGGAGUCAGAUGGGGAGUCAGAAACCAGCUGUGUGAAGAGAAGAUUUGCCAAGCCACCUGAUGUUCAUUGUCCUACAGUGCUCCCAGAAUCCAGCCAGUACCCCUCAGGACCAACCCCAAAUGCAAGCAGUGCCUCUGGAGGAAGCCACUCGGAGGAUGUUCUGUCAAUUCACCAGGCUGACAAUGGCUUUUGUGGAAGCUAUUUGGCGGAGUUGGACCAGUCAAUGGACCACUGUAAUGAUGGAUUGCCAACAUAUAACUCCAGCCCCUACCACGCUAUGCCAUUAGAGAAAGCAAGGAAUGACGGCGGUGCCAGCUAUGCACAUGGCUCAAGAUUAGCUGACUUCAGCGCACUGGGCUUGGCUCACCUGACCCCGCAGCACCCAUCCCACCCCCCUUCAGCUCCAGAAACACCACGGGGGAGAUUAUAUGGAGAGGAAUCAAGCAGAGUGUUGAAAGACAUUGCUGCCAUGACAACCACGAAGAUGCUUACCGAGCUAUGUAUGGAGGUGAAGCAGAUCUCACGUGACAUUAACUUUAUAAAGACGGAACUUGCUAAACUAAACAUUCAUGGAGCUGGACCAGAGUCACAAGAAGACAACUUCCCCAUAAUGCUUCCACUCACCAACGAGGAGAAGUUUGAUGAGACUGAAGCUGCUUUGAGGGAGGAAGCAGUCCGUCGAAAGAUGAUUACCCGCCUGGCAUUAGUCGGAGGGACCAACUCGGAAAAUAUGAUCCGGCGAAUGCUAUCCGCUGCCAUGACAAACAGUCUAGCCUGCAUCUUCAACUGGGUGGGAAAGGGAGAGAAGAGGGCCUUCAAGGACACGCUGAUAAAGGACUGCAUGUUUGCUGCUGCUCGUCAAUUUGACCGCAGGCUGACGGAAUUGACAUUCAGAGUUGGAGUGCAGAAGUGGCUACGUUACGCACCGGAGAGGAAUGGCGGUGUACCAAGGAAAAAAUAG